AGCCUCAGACCAGAGUUUAGAGAGAGUGUGAGCGCUCAGCCUCCAGGAGCCCCGUCCCGCCGGGCAAGAAGACAGACGGGGGGAAGGUGUAUUUAUUUAUUUACUUUUUUCGGGGAGGCCGUUCACACAGAGCCUACUCUCCUGAGUUUUUCUUUUUCUCUCUGUGAUGUGGAUUACUCGGAGCUAACCCACCAGGAUUACAAGGAUACUUUGUUUUUGCUGAAAACUAUGGUGACCCUAUGUGAACAGGGUAGCUUGGUGCCGAUCAAACGGACUCUGCAAGCGAGAGACUUCCAGAACCAAGCCAACAGACACGAGUCGGAGGAACCCAGCACCAAGCGAGUCCGUCCUCUCGGCAGGGUGACGUCACUAGCCAACCUCAUCUCUCCGGUGAAGACUUUGGCCGUCCGGCGCUUCGGCCAAACCAUCCAGGCCUCCUUCCGGAGCGAUGGCAAGUCGCCGGGCGUGCCGCAGAAGCCUUGCAUCAAGGCAGCGGCCCCAACGCCGCCCAAAAGGAGGAACAGCACCCUGUGGUCGGAGACGUUGGACGUCCACCAGAAGGGAACUUUCUCCACCAAAGAAAUCAAGAGGCAGGAGGCCAUAUUUGAGCUGUCUCGCGGAGAACAGGACCUGAUUGAGGACCUCCAGCUUGCACGCAAGGCGUACCACGACCCCAUGCUCAAGCUGUCCAUCAUGUCCGAGGAGGAGCUCACGCACAUCUUCGGCAACCUGGACACCUACAUCCCGCUGCACGAGGACCUGCUGGCUCAGCUCUCCAAAGCCACGGGGCCCGACGGGACGGUGGGGCAGAUCGGGCAGAUCGUGGUGAGCUGGCUGCCCAGACUCAAAGCCUACAAGGACUACUGCAGCAACCAGCUGGCGGCCAAGGCGCUGCUGGACCAGAAGAAGCAGGACCGGCGAGUGCAGGACUUCCUGCAGCGCUGCCUGGAGUCGCCCUUCAGCCGCAAGCUGGACCUGUGGAGCUUCCUGGACAUCCCGCGCUCCCGCCUGGUCAAAUACCCGCUGCUGCUCAAAGAGAUCCUGAGGCACACUCCGGCCGAGCACCCCGACGCCGCCCGUCUGGAGGAAGCUAUCGCCGUCAUCCAGGGCGUCCUGUCCGACAUCAACAUGAAGAAGGGCGAGUCGGAGUGCCAGUUCUACAUCGACAAGCUGGAGUACCUGGACGAGCGGCAGAGGGACCCCCACAUCGAGCUCUGCAGGAGCCUGCUGUGUCACGGAGAGCUGCGCAACAAGAGCGGCACGAAGCUGCACGUGUUCCUGUUCACCGAGCUGCUGGUCCUGACCCGGCCCGUCACCCGGAACGAGCGCCAGUGCUACCAGGUGUACCGGCAGCCCAUCCCGGUGCAGGACCUGGUGCUGGAGGACCUGCAGGACGGGGACGUCCGGAUGGGCGGCUCCUUCAGGGGCGCCUUCGGCAACGCAGACAAAGCCAAGAACAUCUUCCGGGUUCGACCCCAGGACCCGAGCCAGGGGCAGGCGCACACGCUGCAGGUCAACGACGUCUUCCACAAGCAGCAGUGGCUCAACUGCCUCCGCAGCGCCAUCUCCGUCCACCGGCCGCUCGGCGAGGCGCCCGCCGACCUGCGCUCGCACCGCCGCCCGUCCUCCGUCUCCGCCAUCGUCCACAUGGAGGAGUCGGACGAGAACUGCCCGCAGGCGGCGUCCCAGUCCGCCCCCGCCUCGCUGUGCGGCAGCCCCACCGCCCCGUCGCCCUCGUCCUGCUCCCCGCCCUCGUCCGCCACGCCGUCCCCGCUCCCCUCGCCCACGCCGCUCAAAGCCAAGAGGCCGCUGUUCCCGCUGGGGAAGAGGAAAGAGACGAUGGUGUGAGGCGGCGAGAGACUCGGACUCCUGGCUCGUUUUUUUUUUUUUUUUUUUUGUACAUAAGCGGCGCGGAGAAGCGUGGGACUAUUUAUGUGUGUCUGCGUGCGUUUUAUUACAUCAGUGUUCUGUGUUACUGUCCUCUUCGGCAGCUAUUUACCCGCACCCCUCCUCCGAGUGCCGCCGCCGCCGCGGCAGCAGGCCCGCGUGCCGCACGCCGGCCUGUUGAACUCUUGAAGACAGAGGUGGUGCAUCGAAUCCUUGUUUACUCUAAAUCUGAUAUUUAAGCAUCUUGUCAGGCCUGUUUCGGGGGGCUAAUGAAAGUUUUACAUUUUUAUAUACUGAAAAUUUUCUGGUAGUAUUUUUCUCGGUGUCGUAAAGCAGCACUGUUCUGGCUUCUUAGAAAAUGAGAGCAUGUUCAGGAAAAGCAGCGAAGACAGAAAAUCCCCCCCCCACCAAGCUGGAGUCUUCCUGUCUGAUUCGACGGCUAAUCGGAAGACGCAAGUCUUAUUUUGAAACAUUCCUGAAACGGCAGAACCCGGACGCCAUGUUUGUUGUUUUAACCUACAGAGGCAUUAAUGUAACUCCCGAGGUAGAGGUCGGAGGUGACGGAACAUCGCAAAUUCAACUCACGUCAGACAUGAGAUGACGAGUUUUGUUGCAAGACAAAAUUUUGAACUGAGCCACGUUGGUUUUUUUUUUUUUUUUAACCUGACUUUUCUGAACAAAGGCGACCACUUUUCAGUGUAGCAUCUUGCAUGGAGCUUUAGUUGUGGACGCUGCUGGUAGAGACGCAGCAGCUUGUUUGUACAGGAGCGACGGAGGAAACUCGGAAAGUGUUGGAAGGACGACGAGAAGAUGAGAUUGAAGGAAAAGUGUUUUGAGUUGGAUGAUGAGAAUGAAGCUUUGGCUGCAGACGGUGAAAAUCACCGGAGUGUAAACGAUGGAAAAAGUACGUAGGGGAAGGAAGAAGAAGAAGAAGAUGGUUUUUGCAUGUGUAUGCAAGAUGUUUUGGUUGAGAUUUUGGAGAAGAAAAAAGAGAAAGAGGCAACUUGGUUGCUGUAAACUAUGUAAUUAAAAGAACAAUAAAGAUCUGUGUAAGAUUUGCAACUGAA